AUGCCAGGCUCCGGCGAGGAUUCCCCCCCGCCGAUACAGCAGACACUGGGGACGUCACCCGGGUCCUAUCGCGGCCGAUCCUACGACCGCGCCGAGUCCAUCGCCCGUCUCGCUUCACCCGUCGCUCUCGGGACCUCCCCCGCGGCGCGUCCGCAGCCCCCAUCAGGCGAUGAGUCGAGCUCUGGGCAUUUGACCCCCCUCCCCGGGCCUGGUUCACACGUCGCUGGGCCCGGUGUGUCCGCUCUUGCGGCUGCCCUCUCCAACUCUCUGGGCGCAUCCCCGCCUCGGUUCGGCACGCCGCCCGUGCGAACUGCCUCGCCUGCGCUCGCCGCUAUCAAUGCGCCAGCCUCGGGCACACCGACAAACUACGGGUCGUUCGAUGCGAGGAAACAAGCGGGAGGCGCCUAUGAAGAUCCGGAAAUUAUCAAGAGGCAUCUUGUUCAGCCAGGCGAUGCGGGCUCGGAUAAUGGAUCGGGGAGUGAUACCAAUGGCUCAAAGGGCAAGCAGCCCGCCGGCGCGGCCCAGUCCGGCCUGGAUGACGAGUUCUCGAGCUUGAGGUUACAGGGAGGCGACAUCACGCGACCGAUCUACAAGUGGACGGAAGAAGUCGACCAACGGGGCAAGAUGCAGCGCAGCAAGAGCUUUAGCGUCACGCGGCCGGACCCGGAAACGGACGAGCUUGACAUUAACAAUAUCAAGGUCCCCGGAGGCUUCCGGCGUAACUUUAUCCGACGCGCCGCUCGGGAUACGGACGAGCUGGAGCAAGGCGAUGGUUACGGCCAGCCACAGGCGCAACCUCCCCUGUUCACGAACAGCUUCCUCGAGUUCCUGAGCUUGUACGGCCACUUCGCUGGUGAAGAACUGGAGGAAGACGACGAAGUCCUGAACCCCGGCGAGUACUUCACUUCUGGCUCAGAAAGCGACGACUAUGACGAGGCGUCCGAUGACGAGCCCAUGGAGGAGAGCGCCCUACUCACGCCCUCACGCCGGAAGAGGAGGAGAAAGGAGCGCGGAGGUAGUGGCCAAAACAGCCCCAUGAAUGCGACCUUGCUCCUCCUCAAGUCGUUUGUCGGUACUGGCGUCCUGUUCCUCCCACGCGCGUACCUAAACGGUGGGAUGCUGUUUAGUAACCUAGUGCUGCUGUUUGUGGCCGCGCUCAGCUAUUACUGCUUCGUUCUGCUUGUCACAACCCGGCUCAAGGUUAACGGCUCCUUUGGCGAUAUUGGCGGUAUUCUCUACGGCAAAUGGAUGAGGAACUUGAUUCUGGCGUCUAUCGUCAUCAGCCAGCUGGGAUUCGUUGCGGCCUACAUCGUGUUCACCUCACAAAAUCUGCAGGCCUUCAUACUCGCGGUUACCGAUUGCAAGUCUCUUAUCCCGGUGACCUGGCUCAUCAUCAUGCAAAUGGUGGUGUUCCUGCCCUUCUCGCUCCUGCGCGACAUUGGCAAGCUCGGGUUCACGGCGCUCAUUGCCGACGCCUUCAUCGUCAUCGGUCUUGCCUACCUCUUCUACUACGACAUCCUGACCAUCAACACGAGCGGUCUGGCCGACAUCAUCAUGUUCAACCAAAAGGACUGGACCCUCUUCAUCGGCACGGCCAUCUUCACCUUCGAGGGCAUCGGCCUGAUCAUCCCGAUCCAGGAAUCCAUGCGCCACCCCCAGAAGUUCCCCAAGGUCAUGCUCAUCGUCAUGGUCAUCAUCACCACCCUCUUCAUCGUCAUGGGCGCCGUCUCGUACGCCGCCUACGGCUCCAAGACGGAAACCGUCGUGUUGCUCAACCUGCCGCAGGACGACAAGCUCGUCAAUGGCGUGCAGUUCCUCUACUCCCUCGCUAUCUUGCUCUCGACCCCGCUGCAGAUCUUCCCGGCCAUUCGCAUCACGGAGAAUGCGCUUUUCACCAAGAGUGGCAAGUACAACCCGUAUAUCAAGUGGCAGAAGAAUGUGUUCCGCUUCUUUAUGGUGGCCCUGUGUGCACUGAUUGCCUGGGGUGGUGCGGAUAACUUAGACAAGUUUGUUGCUCUUGUCGGUAACUUUGCUUGCAUCCCGUUGGUGUACAUCUAUCCGCCCCUCCUCCACUACAAGGGUGUCGCCCGGACGACGUUCAAGCGGUGGUCUGAUAUUUUCUUGUGCGUUUUUGGAUUUGUCGCCAUGGCCUACACUACUAGCCUCACGGUUAUGAGCUGGGCGAAUGAUGAGGGCGGCGGACUGCCGAGCCACUGUGACCCCAAGGGGUUGUAA